UUACUUUCCGGUGUUAGACUCCUCGAUUACUGGGUUGGUUUGGAGGUUUGAUAACCCAGAGAUGGAUGAUGAGUAUGCAAAGCUUAUAAGAAGGAUGAACCCACCAAGAGUUGUGAUUGACAAUGAUGCUUGUGAGAAUGCUACAGUUAUUCAGGUUGACAGUGUUAACAAACAUGGCAUUCUCUUGGAAGUUAUUCAAGUACUCAUAGAUCUAAACCUUGUCGUAACAAAAGCGUACAUCUCUUCCGAUGGGGGUUGGUUUAUGGAUGUUUUUAACGUGACUGACCAAGAUGGGAAUAAAGUCAGAGAUGGAGAAGUCAUCAAUUACAUUCAAAAGACUAUUGAAACUGAUGCUUGCUUCUUUCCCCCUUUAAGAGAAUCUGUAGGGGUGAUGCCCUCUAAAGACCAUACCUCAAUUGAACUAACUGGCACUGACAGGCCUGGUUUACUGUCCGAAGUAUGUGCUGUGCUUGCUGACCUUCGUUGUAAUGUGGUGAAUGCUGAGAUUUGGACGCACAAUGCUAGAGCAGCAGUUGUAGUUCAUGUCACAGAUGAGGACACAGGGCAUGCAAUUGAAGACCUAAAACGCCUCUCCACAAUCAAGGAACUCCUAUGCAAUGUGCUUAAAGGCAACAAUGAUCCAAAAGAAGCAAAAAUGACACUUUCAGCCCCUGGUGUAAUGCACACAGAGAGAAGGUUACACCAGAUGAUGUUUGCUGACAGGGAUUAUGAAAAGUUUGAAAGCCCAGGGCUUGAGAGAGCUGAUGAUAUAAGAUCAAGACCCCAUGUCACCAUAUUGGAUUGCAUAGAGAAGGAUUAUACUGUGGUUACGAUGAGGUCUAAAGAUCGGCCAAAGCUCUUAUUUGACACCAUAUGUACACUGACAGACAUGCAGUAUGUUGUCUUUCAUGGAACAGUCAAUACUGGAAGGAAGGAAGCUUACCAGGAAUAUUAUAUCCGGCAUGUUGAUGGGUUCCCUAUAAGCUCAGAAGCUGAACGACAACGUGUGAAACAGUGCCUUGAAGCUGCCAUUGAGAGGAGGGCCUCAGAGGGAAUGGAGCUAGAACUAUGCACUAAGGACCGAGUUGGACUUCUCUCAGACAUUACCAGGAUAUUCCGGGAAAAUAGCUUGUCCAUUCAAAGAGCAAAAAUUUCAACAAAGGGUGGGGAAGCAAGAGAUAUUUUCUAUGUUACAGAUGUCUCUGGUAACCCCGUUGAUCCGAAGGCUAUCGACUCAAUUUGCCGACAGAUUGGACAAAGCAUUCUGUGGGUGAGACGGAACUCAAGUUUCACUCCGAAACCUGCUGAGGAGCCAACCGGUUUCCUCUUUGGGAACUUUUUUAAAGCUCGAGCAUUCCAAAAUUUCGGACUGAUUAGAUCCUACUCAUAGAUAUCUCCUCAGAUAUUUACUGAAGAAACUUUGCAGGAGCAUCUAAUGUUGCACCCAUUGGUAUACAAUUCUAAGAAAGGGUUUAGAGAAAAUGUUACACAUGAAUCACACUGUGUAUAUAUGACUUCUCCCACUUGUGC